AUGAAUAUAUCAGUAUGGAUAUCCACAGAAGGGCGUGCUUAUUUUGUUCAGAAUAAUAGCUCUUUGUCCAACCAAAGACGUGCAUCUGUCAACAGCAGUAACGGAUUACCCUCAAAAUCCAUCACUUCACCCAGCGUUCCCACCUUCGAAAAACAGAAUUAUUGGGCUGGUGUAUGUUUCCACAAGGAAAAUCAUAAAGCAACUGCAGUUUCUGUCAACUCAAAGUUUUCAUUAAUCGCAGUAGGAACAGAUAAGGGUAUUGUAUACGUAUAUUCAGCGCAAAAUUAUUCCUCGACACCAGUAUUAUCCCAUACAUUAGUGUUGACUUCUUGGUCGUCACAAAGUUCGAAUGCACAAGACAAUUCAGUAGAAACGCUUGAAUGGACAUCAGAUGGAUAUGCAAUUGCCGUUGGAUUUAAGCGACGAGGAUUGGCAGUGUGGAGUGUAUAUGGAGGCUUACUUUGCUCCUCGAGUGAAAUGGAUGAUGUCUUUGAUGGUGAAAAUGCUGGUAAAUUAAAAGAUACAUACGUAAAAGGAAUCUGCACACUGUUUUGGGGACCUGGAAACCAUCAACUUUUCGUUUUAUCAGGGGACCUACGAGGACUGCUGCAAACAGAUGAUCGAAUUUUGCUCUAUAAUAACGGCGGAGAUUACCAGGAAAAUAACACAACAAUCGAUCCAGCUGCUGUAGCAUGGACACAUAUCCAGUAUCCCGCUUUAUACAUCACAGAUCAUUGGCCAAUUCGAUAUACAUCAAUUAGUUCGGACGGGAAAUUUAUUGCGAUUGCUGGUAAGCGAGGUUUUGCACACUACAAUGCUAUCUCCAAUCGAUGGAAGUUGUUUGGUAAUCAACAGCAAGAGCAAAGUUUUCUGAUUCGGAUGUAUUCUCGCGAAAGUAAUUUGGAUAACGCAUACAUCUUAUAUACCGAAUCCAUUUCCAAUAUUCCAGCUUAUAUGACUCUUUGCGGAAGUUUUUUGCUGGUGUAUACUUCAGAAAACGUAUUAAAUGUGUAUAAUAUUUAUCAAAUUCAUUCUAUGGAAAACGUUAUUUCAUCCAACAUUAUGUUACUGGUGGAUGGAAAAUUAAUUAUUUUAUGCCCCAAAACUUCUAACGACGGACCUUUAUCAGCACCCAUCAAUCAAUUCGAUAUGCACAUCAUUCACCAGAAAGCCGAAUAUUAUUGGAUCGGUAGAAAGAGUGUUGAUAAUUUGAUUACGUCGUUAUGGAUAGCUGACGGAAAGGGGUUAAAGACAUUUACCAACCUUUUAUUGGGACGUGAUUUUGAUUAUAAUACGUAUAAUCAAGAUAUCUCGGACAGUGAACCUUCUACACCAACAACACCGGGGUUUCUGUCUUCAUCUAGCUUAAAUGUAGCUGACAUGGGAAGACCGUUCUCUCUAGGCUACCGUAUGGGUCCAGAUGGCCUGUCGCCGUCUAACUCGAUGGGUGAUAUGGAUGAAUGCUCCAAAUGGAGAACAAGCGAUUUCGAUAAUCUUAAUAAUUUGUCCAUUUAUAUCCCUCUUGAUUUCUACCCGCUCUCUAUACUUUUAGAUAAAGGCAUUAUUGUGGGCAUCGAACAAAAUAUUUCGUAUCGAGAUUCAUUAGGGUUUGUAUUAUUCAAGAUGAGCCCAAAGAUGCAUUUAUUUUUGCACCAUAUCCUAAGAUAUCUAUUGCAGCAUGAUUUAGAGCAAGAUGCAGUUCUCUUCGCACGAGCCUACGAGAAAUUUGUUUAUUUUGGUCAUGCUCUAGAGAUUCUACUUCACACUGUUCUCGAAGAAGAAGCAGGUCAUGACUUGGGUGAUGAGGCAAUCUUGCCAUUGGUUAUUAAAUUUUUGGACCAAUUUCCUCACGCUUUGGAUGUUAUUGUGAGCUGUGCUCGUAAGACCGAAGUUGCUUUAUGGGAUCACUUGUUUUCGGUGGUUGGCAAGCCUAAAGAUUUGUUUGAAGUAAAUGGGUAA